AAAAACUAUAUAAAGGAACCUAACUCAAAUGAACUUAACAUCAAAGCAGAAUCACAUUCCAAAAAACUCACAAUAUCUUUUCAAGAAGAUGGCAAGCAGCCAACUUGUCCUGAUCGUUUCGUUGCUCCUUGCAUUAGCUGUUCCACUGAUAAAUGCCUAUGACAAAGUGCCAACUAAGUCAGUAGAGAAGACUGACAAAGUGGUGGUUGAAGGCAUGGUCUAUUGCCAGAGCUGUGAUAACUAUGGAUCAUGGUCUCUGUCAAAAGCUAAGCCCAUUGCAGGAGCUAAAGUUAGUGUUAUCUGCAAAAAUUACAUGAAAAGAGUCAGCUUCUACAAGGCAUUUAAAACAGAUGAAACUGGCUACUUAUUUGCAGAGCUAGAUGGCUUCAAAAUGGGCCAUUCUUAUCUUGACCAUCCUCUACAUUCAUGUCGCGUAAAAUUGGUCGAUUCUCCUCUCGAAAACUGUGAUGUGUUCACUAAUGUCAACUAUGGAAUCACCGGUGCUCGACUCCGAUUUUUAGACAAGACAUUGAAGCGAAGUAAUUACGAGGCUGUAAUUUAUGCUGCAGGUCCCUUUGCUUUCCGACCAGAUCACUGUCCUCCUAAGCCAGAAUAUUAAUUGAUUUCCAUCAUCUACUUUUACGUUUUUAACUUUCUACUGGUUUUAUGCUUUCAUAAGAGUAUUGAGUAUAAAAUUUCCUUUUCUAUGUAAGCCAAUUGUGCAACAUUCUUCACAUUGCAAGCAACAUUUUGCUCAAUUCAUAAUUGACUCUCCUCUC